CGAAAGGCAUGUGUGCUCAGUCAAACACGUAAUGGGGGCAUUUUAAAUCAAGUUGACGACUUAUAACUGCACAUUUCAUGGAUGAGAGUCGGCGAUUUAAUUUCCAUUUGAAUAACCAGAAAAAGAGUCUGAAAUUAUGCCCACUCCAAUUAAAUCAGAACGGAAUGCGAUUUCACCUACCAUAGCAGAAAUGGAAGUGAUGGAACACAGCGCCGACUUUCUCAAGCCCGCGGUCACAUGCACCAGCGGUGGGCGGUCAUAUGCGCUGAUUGUUCUGAAUUAUGAGCUCCCUGCAUUCACUCCAGCUCUCUGGGAUCGAGCGCAGCUACGGUUAUGUGCCGACGGCGGAGCCAAUCGCCUGUACGAUGAAAUGCCCAAAUUUUUUCCGCAGGAAGAUCCUGUACUGGUUCGUCAGAGGUAUAAACCAGAUGCAAUAAAGGGAGAUUUGGAUUCAAUUCGGCCUGAGGUUCUAGAAUUCUAUGAUACUAUGGGAUCAACUAUCUUGGAUGAGUCUCAUGAUCAGGAUACGACAGAUCUCCACAAGUGUGUGGCCUUCAUCAGAGAUUGCACUCCGGAAUUGGAUAAGUCUAAAUUGGUUCUUAUUGUGGUUGGAGCACUUGGAGGACGAUUUGACCACGAAUUAGGAAAUAUAAACGUUCUUUAUACAUUUUCAGAAUUACGAAUUGUUCUCUUGAGCGAUGACAGUCUCCUUUUCCUUCUACCUAAGACUCAUCAACAUGAAAUUUUAGUAGAUCAUUCGGUCGAAGGGCCACAUUGUGGUCUGGUUCCUGUUGGAGGACCAUCUCAAAGUACGACCACAAGUGGCCUGGAAUGGGAUCUAAAUAAGACUCCAAUGAAAUUUGGUUCGCUAAUCAGCACAUCAAACAUGCUAAGAGGUGAGAAGGUGACAGUAUGCUCUGAUGUGGAUUUACUCUGGACUACAUCCAUUCGGAAAACCUAACACAGUAGAAAAUGUUGAUGGAAUUCAUUACAAUGGGCAAUAUCAUUUGUUGUGUUCAUAGCUAUUUAUAUUUGGGUAUCAGAUGGCAAGAUUGGAGAGCUAUAAUAUUUCAUGCCGAUUUGAUUGAAGGUGGAAGUGAAAAUAGUUAUCAUCGAUGAAGUCGGACACAAAAUUGUAAUUAUAGAAAUAUUUAUUCUUGUAUCUGUAUAAUACUCAUGACUAAUUUGCAACGUUACUUAUGGGAAGCAAUUUUUUCA